UUUGCGUCAAGCAAACAGAAACAAAUCCAAGUGAUAACAUAUCAUCUUAUCAAUACUAUUCCUAUCAACGUCAAAUCAAAUGUAUAAUCAUGGGUCAGCGAAGCAGUUAGUUUCUUUUAACUUUUCGCGGCUUUAACGUAUUUAUUAUUUUAUUGUUAAUUUCUUAUCCUAUAAGGAAAUAGGAAAUAUCCUAAUAGGAAAAUCUAGGUGUAUUUCCCUAAGUAUAUCGAGCAUGACACGUUGUUUUGUUUGUAAUUUACAGUUUUAAAAUCUAGAAUACUUAAGUGACUUUAAAAUGAGUUUUGUUAAUAAAACGCUCAACAAUAUACGAACUAAUCUGAUUACUCAAGGCGACCCCUUUAGUUGCGAUGGAAAAGAUGUAAUUAUUUGCAUAACAGGCAAUCCUGGUUUUAUUGAAUUUUAUACAGAAUUUAGUGAAGAACUUCACAGAAGUACGGAUUUACCAGUCUGUAUAAUCGGUCAUGCUGGCCAUGAGCUACUGCCUGAAGAACAAAGUGAACUCAAAGGUCGAGAAGAUAUUUUUAAUUUGAAUGGUCAAUUAAAACAUAAAUUAGACUUAAUUGAAAAUCAUAUAGAUAAAAACAGCAGAUUACAUUUUAUUGGGCACUCAAUUGGAUCUUGGUUUCUUAUAGAGCUAUUAGACAACAAUGAUGAUUUGUAUAAAAGAACUGCAUCAGUUAAUUUACUCUUCCCCACUAUACAGAAGAUGUCACAAUCUGAAAAAGGGAAGUUUUUAAAUGGAUUUGUAAGAAGGAUACAUUCAUUCCUGUUUAUGUUCUCAUUUUUAUUGUAUUUACCGCAAAUAUUUCUAUCGUUUUUAGUAUAUAUAUAUCUUAAGAUAAACGGUUUGUCCCCAAUUAAUAAAAACAGAAUUCUUAACAUAUUGAAUCCAAAAAUUUUAGAAAAAGUUUUAUUCCUAGCAUAUGAUGAGAUGGACACGGUAACUGAAUUAAAUAAAAAAGGCUUAGAAAAGAUUAAACAUUUAACUAAUAUAAUAUACACUAAAAGUGAUGGGUGGGCACCUUAUGAAUAUAUGAAAGAUUUGAUGGUAUACCAACCAGAUCUUCAAAUGAAAGAAGUCAAUGCUGAUCAUAGUUUUGUUUUAAAAUCAUCAGAGAGUAUUGCUUCAUUGGCCGCUGAUUUUAUUAAGACAAAAGUGUGUAAUAAUUAAUAUUUACAUUUUUUUGUUUGAGACAACCAUGGAACAUCUUUUAUAAUAAUUAAGUAUCAAUGUACUGAUGGUAUACAAAAUAAAAACUAAAUAAAAUGUAUAAUGGAUAUGCAUCUUUUUUUACUUGUUUAUGUCUUAUGAAGAAGUUUAAACCUAGAACCAGAAUAGUGGAUAACUAUAGCUGCUGCAAUAAUAUAUAAUGUUUAUUUAAUAUAAAUGCUUGUACAGCAAAUAUAAUAUAUAUUAUUGUAGUCACUUAGUUACGAGAGGGACAACACAUAAAAUAGUAAUGUUUUUAUUUUAUAGACAUUAGUUUUCUAAGUGUUUCUUCACGUGGACACGGUAAGCGUAGUAAAGUUGUCACAUUGGCGCUAAGCGUCAUAAUUUUACGUCGUGAGUAAUUAUUUUUUCAUUUUCAUAUUUUUAUGUAUAUAGAUUAUUUUAAGUGUGUAGC